AUGUUGCUUGAGACCAAGUCCUCCACCAUACUCGGCUUGGGGGUGGUGAUCUUCAUCACCUGCCUCAUCGCCAAGCUGUUUGAAAGGUCCCCUGUUCCUGAAGGAAUCCCCUGGAUUCUGAGCAAGAAAGGAUUCUUUGGUCGAGCCACUGAGCGCUUUAUCGGUGUCAACCCCAUCGCUUUCAUUAAGGAUGGAUAUGAAAAGUACUCCAAGAACAACAAACCGUUUGUGAUGCCGAGCGUGAACGAAGGUGAUGAGGUCUUGCUUCCUAUCAAGGAAUCGAACGCCAUUCUCUUUGCCAAGGAGACCGAAUUCAGUUUCAAGGCCCAUAUCCUAGAUUUCUUUCAGCUUGCAUACACAAGUUGGCCCCUUGCCUUCGCCGAGAAGUACGACUUUUAUGUCAAACUUAUCAGCAAGGAUCUAUCGGAGACCCUGAAGACCCCGUCCGUUGCCGCGUCUCUGGCCGAGGAGGCGCGUGCCUGCCUGUCCGAGUUCUGGGGCGAAGACACCGAAAAUUGGGUGCAAGUUCCUCUGUAUUCGUUUAUGGAAAAGACUGCCGGCCGAAUGAUCAACGUGCUCGCAAUUGGGCCUGGCAACAGUGAUGACAAGGCUCUUUUGGCGGCCCUGACACACUGCUCCAAUGCUAUCGUCUUCGGUGCGAAUGUUAUCAAAGCCUUUCCAGCUUUCCUCCAUCCGGUCGUUGGCCCUCUCGUCGGACUGGUCAACCGAUACUAUGAGAGAGUGUUCCAUGCUCAUCUGAAACCCAUCAUCGAGAAAAAGAUUCAGGACCAGAAGGAGGCUUCUGACCCCGACGUUCUGAAGCAGACCCUCAAGACAAAAGGAUCCCUAUUGGACCUGCUCAUCCAGGCCGGUAUGCGGAGCAAAUGGCCAAUGGAGCUCACUACCAUGUGGCUGGCAUAUCGCAUUUUCAUGAUUAAUUUCCCUGGUGUUCACACUAGUGGUGUUUCAGCUACCAGUGUCCUUCUGGAUAUUCUUAGCUAUUCUGAUGAGAACCUGGUUGGUCUCCUUUGCGAGGAAAUGCAGUCCAUCCCCUCGGAUGGUUCUUGGACUGCUGAAGAUCUCCAAAAGGCUGUUUUGCUUGAGAGUGCUGUGAAGGAGAGCCUUCGGCUGAAUGGUAUUAAUGCCGUCUCUCCUACUCGAAAGGUCGUGGCUCCCAACGGUGUUAAACUUGGCAACGGACUUCACCUGCCAUUCAGUACUAAGGUCGGCAUCCCGCAGUACGCCCUGCACCGCGACCAGGACGUCUACCCCUCCCCGGAUCAGUACAACCCUUUCCGCUUCUAUGCGCCCCACACCCCGACCGAGGAGAGACGCAACAACCUGAUCACUGCAACCAGCGACACCUAUGUGGUCUUCGGACAUGGUCGUCGCCAGUGUCCUGGACGCUGGAUCUUUGCCCACAUCUUCAAAGUUCUCAUGGCCGAGAUGCUGCUCAAGUAUGACAUCCAGCCCAUGCAGACACGCCCCAAGAUCCAUAGAUGGGGCCGAUUCCAGCUUCCGCCAGUGACCACAAAGCUCACUGUCCGCCGCAAGGAGGACAUCAUUGUUUGA